UUUGCGAGACGGUGAUGGCGAACGCCUUGAAUCUCAGCACUCAGGACGGCAGAGGAUCUCUGAGUUCCAGGACGACCGGGGCUACACAGAGAAGCCCUGUGUCAACAGGAGGAAACAUGUAGGAGGGAGGGGGCGAGGGGCCGCGGUGGAGGGAAGGAGUGGGGCGAAGACAGAGAUGUGUUUACUUUCGGUGCUGUCCCAGUGACUCUGGCUGGACCAGACACUGCUCUCUGCUCCUGGGGCCUCCCAGUCCCAGGCUGUCGCGGACGCCGUCCACGUCGCAGGUCAGCAGCUCACGGGAUGUCCGGGCGAGCAUUUGUUCUCCGUGUGACAGCACCGAUCUGCUCCGCUGUCAUCGCUGUCCUAGGAUGUUCGCGAACUUUUGAAACUGGCGGGCAGCGCCCCUACGGGCGCGGGGCAGCACUGGCACCGCCCCUUCCCCCCGUCAGGGCCGGGGAGGGGACACUGGACACCGAAUGCCAAGGGAGGGGCUGUCUAGUCCUCGCGAGGCUUCGUUCUCGCGGAGGUGGCGGCGGGCAGCCGGUGGGGAUGCGCUCGGAAGAGGGGGCCGGAGGCCCCGGCGCAGCCCUUUCUGCGCGGGGCCCGAGCUGGAGGGAGAAAGUGUCGGGCUCGGAGACUCAUUUCCGCCGCGAGUCGCCGCGGAAUGAAUCGGCGGCGCCGCCGGCCCCGUCCUUAAGUGAGAGCGGGGCCGGCAAGCCUCGCGAGGAGAAGAGGACGGCCCUGAGCAAGGUCGUCCUUCGGCGUCUGCCCCCGGGCCUCACCAAAGAGCAGCUGGAAGAGCAACUGCGCCCCCUGCCCGCGCACGAUUACUUCGAGGUGGUGGCUGCGGACCUCAGCCUCUACCCUCACCUCUACUCCAGAGCGUACAUUAAUUUUAGGAACCCUGAUGAUAUCCUGCUGUUCCGAGACCGUUUCGAUGGAUAUAUCUUCAUUGGCAAUAAAGGCCUGGAGUAUCCUGCAGUGGUGGAGUUUGCUCCAUUCCAGAAGAUUGCCAAAAAGAAGCUGAAGAAAAAAGAUACCAAGACCGGAAGCAUUGAAGAUGAUCCUGAAUAUAAACAGUUCCUGGAAUCAUACAGCUUGGAGGAAGAGAAGACCAGCACUAGUCCAGAGACACUGCUGGGAGAGAUAGAAGCAAAGACAAGAGAGCUCCUCGCCAGAAGAACCACACCUCUUUUGGAAUAUAUUAAAAAUAGAAAAUUAGAAAAGCAGAGACUCCGGGAGGAGAAGCGUGAGGAGCGGAGGAGGAGGGACCUGGAAAAGAAGCGUGUGCGGGAAGAAGAGAAGAGGAAGAGGAGAGAAGAGGACAGGUGUAAGCGGAAGGAGGCGGAUAAGCAGAAGAGAGCAGAGAAGGACGUGAGGAUCAAGCUUCUUAAGAAACUGGAAACGGGAGAAGAAGCAACCACAGAGAAACCCAAAGAAAGAGGUGAAGCUGUUGGUGCUGGAGAUGAGAAGCAGGAAGCCCGGCUGGUAGAGAGCCAGCCAGAGACACCUGCGGAGAGGUUACAGGAUGGCAGUGAUAAAGAGCAAAGGGACAAAAGAUUUCGAGAGAAGGAACCUGAAACUUCAAGAUGUCAUCCAGACAGUUGCAGAAAGCACAGCAUUCACUCAGAGUUUGCCAGGUUUUCCAGAAGAAACGAAGACGAGUCAAAGUGGGGGAAAGGCUUCUCCCAGGACAGAGGGAAGAAAGGCCAGGAUGGCAGUGUCCCCGUGGACAUGACGGAGAGAGGCAGCAAGGAGCACAAGGAAUACGACAGCCUGGGGCCAAGAAAGGAUCGCCCGGGAAACAAGGCCCUGUGACCACAGCCGGCUUCCCUGACAUACUCGAGACCCAGCGUGCUCGGCAGCUUCACAGCCUUGCUCCCCGAGUAGAAACCCUUAUUAGACUGACAAGCACAACUGCCUGGUGUCCAUAGGUCCAGGGCUGUGCUCUGUGUCAGCUUGCAUGCCCACGUGGGCUGAAUUGCAAAGUUCAUAUCUUCUAGAGCACUCUUGCUCAUCUGGGGUGCACUGAACUGAAACUAAAUUCAGAAUAAAACAUUCCAUCUUCUUUUAAAGAA